AUGGACAUCCCAGCUACGGGUGAUUCUAUGGAGAUGGCCUCGCCCUAUCAGGGGCAGGCUGACGAUUUUGACAUCGACAUCGACCUCAUGGAGGACAAUGUCUCGAACAUGGACAGUGAUAUGAUGGGUGCAGAUGAUUUUACAACUACUUCUCAGCCGAACGAAAUGAACAAUGACGCGAUCUACGAUGCCGACAUGGCCGAUGAACCCUCCGAAGGGUCGAUGAUCGACGCUGACAACUACGCUGAUGAAGACAACGAUAUUGACGUGCAGUUUGAGGAAGAGCCAUAUGAAGAAGAAAUGAUUGAAACUGAUCAGGCCGAGGACGUCAAUAUUGCCGCCCCUGUCAUUCAUCUUGAACCUGCGGGCAGCAAUGAAGAUGCCGCCAGUCCUAUUAAGGAAGAUGUCAUAAUCGCACCCGCGGAACCCCUCGAAGCAACACCUCAAGGCCCAAGCGGCUCUGUGGAACCUACCUCCGCUCAAGACGAAGCCCAGCCCUCCGGAGCUGAGGGCCCGGACACUCAGGCUCAACUGAGCACGGCUACUGAUGACCUUGCCGAGGAAACAUCCGAAAACGUCAUCGGCCCCGAAACCGGCGGUCGUCAUGUAAAGGCAGAUGUUGGUGAAGAGGCUAACAAAAUAUCACAAUCUUCUGUGUCAGAGACUGAGGUACCCCAAGAUGCCAAUGAAGGCCUAGACACCAGUGAAAUCAAACCCUCCGCCGAAGAUUCCCGCGGUGACGCCGCUGUGCACCCAGAGGCACAGCCUGUGUCUGAGGACAAUCACCAAGAGGCAGAUAAGGACGAAUCUCAACACGCCCCAUACAUAGAUGAACCUCUUCAUCCAGUGAAAAUAUUCUACCAGGACUGCGAGAUCGCUCUGUUCCCUCCCCUUGAGGGAGAUCUGUCGGAUACAUUCUUUAUUGAAGAUGAAGGUUUGGCUUACGACAACAUUGGUCAAAUAUUCAAGGCUCUGCGCCAGGUGCUCCAGAGAACCAUGACAGGCAAUGAGGUCUUGAUCAUCGAUAUUGACACCCUUGGUAUUCAAAUGACAGAGGACUCAUUCCAUACAUCUCAAGUAACCUUACAUCAGGUCCUAGAUCUUUACCUUAGACUUUGUCGUAACGAUGGCAUUACCGAGCCCGAUGCCCUUUACCUUACACUGAGCACAAAGCGUGCGUUCCCGGCUGAAAUUGCGGAUCUCAAUGAUGCCGCAAUCGACGGCAAAAAGCUUUCCGAACUUCAUGCCGAAAUUCAGUCAUGGGAUGAAUAUGAUGAAGCCGAGCCAGGGUCUGCGGAUGAUCUUGACGCCCAUGAGCCGGAAGAGCAAGAAGAUGAAGUCUAUUACACCACUGAGGCCCAGAAGGAGACUUCGACUGCAGAAGUGCAGACGGCUCCAGGGCCCGAAGGCGAACAGGCGCUAGAUAAUCAACAGUCUCAGGUACAGCCCGAGGUUGUCUCUGACGCCCAAUCGGAGAUCGUGCAUGCGCAGCAUGAGCAUAGAUCUAUCUCCAGUGAGCAGAGUGCCGAGGCUGCACCUGAGUCUGAAUCCCAUCCAGCCCAGUCCGAGAGCAAAGAGCUAGACCACCCUGAUGUGUCUCCCCAGCUCGAAAGAGGCGAAGACCAAGAUCAAGAACACGAUGAUGGCCAUGGUGAUAUGAACGAAGAGCACUAUGAUUCCGAGGGCCCGCUAAGUGAUUCCACCGCCACAGUAGCUGCACCGCCUGGUGCAAGCGAGGUCAAAGAGCAUACCCAGCAUGUCUCUCUGGAAGUUGCUGCGGAUGCUGGCACACAUCCAAACGACGAGGAGGACUAUUACGAAGAGGACCACGAGAACGAUGAUCUGGGAACCGAAGAAUAUUACGAGCAUGAAGAUAUUGGCUCGGUCGAUGAUUCAGAAGCUAUCCAAAGAGAUAUCACUGGCAGUGAAAAUGCUGAUGCUGAUGCUCAAAAACCAGCUGAUCAUGCGUCUGUCCUUGAUGAGGAGGACAUAGAUGAGUUAGAUGCCCCGCCGACAGACGAAAUUGUCUCGGAGAUUCUUCAGCAGGAUGCUACAGACCACCCUUCCUAUGACCAGCCUGCGCCGCCACGUGACAACGGCUUGCAAGACGCCGCUGAGAAGAAGGAGCAAACACCAGAGCCCACAGAUGAUUUACUUGGAAUCGCUGUAGACCUGAUGCAGACUCCGAGAGAUACGGAGAACGAUGCCCAUGAUCACUUCGAGGGCAUAGACUACGACGAGCCUGAGGAUGAAGUUGAUGCUCAUGUUUCAGCUGAUGAGGGUGUGGAGGAUCAUGAGCUUGACGAGAACCAUUUUGGCGACUAUGACAGCCAUUUUGAAGAAUCGGAGGCUGUAGAGCUGGUUGGAACAGACCCUUCCUUGACAGACCCCCAAUCCAACCAGAUCCCGUCUACCAAACGGUCUCGCGAAGAUGAAGAUGACUGGGACGUGGUGGACACUACUGUUGACACCAAACGUCGCCGCUCUUCGUAA